AUCCCGGGUCGACUUCCUCCCGCCGCGGGCGCCGACCCAGCUGGAGGAAGCGGCGGCAGCGGCCACGAUGAGCGCGGGCGACGCCGUGUGCACGGGCUGGCUGGUCAAGUCGCCCCCCGAGAGGAAGCUGCAGCGCUACGCCUGGCGCAAGCGCUGGUUCGUGCUCCGGCGGGGCCGGCUGAGCGGCGACCCAGACGUGCUGGAGUACUACCGGAGCAAGCACUCGAGCAAGCCGCUGCGCGUCAUCGACCUCAGCGAGUGCGCCGUGUGGCAGCACGCGGGCCCCGGCUUCGUGCGCAAGGAGUUUCAGAACCAUUUCGUCUUCAUUGUCAAGACCACUUCCCGAACCUUCUAUCUGGUGGCCAAGACCGAGGAAGAAAUGCAGGUGUGGGUGCACAGCAUCAGCCAGGUCUGCAACCUUGGCCGCCUGGAGGACAGGGCAGGUUCCGCGGAGAGCCCCCCGCCGCCGGCGGGCGCGCAGCCCUCUCCCGCCAGCCCCCUGCACGCCGCCCGUGCCGUCAGCUCCUCCUCGCCGGGGGGGGACCCGAGCACUGGUACCGUUGCCACUGAGGAAACCAGAAGUGAGUCAGAGUUGCUCUUCCUUCCUGAUUAUCUGAUUCUGUCCAGCUGUGAGACGGGGCGGCUGCACCACGCCAGUCUACCCACCAGAUGCGACAGCUGGUCGAACUCAGACCGCUCACUGGAGCAGACUUCAUCCGAUGACGUUUUUGUGGACUGCCUGCAGCCCCCGCCCUCCGGUAACUUGAGGUGCCCCUCGCGCCUCGGCAACGGGUCUCAGGAGGCGCCUUCCACGAGGUCCCAGGCUGCCCUGAUCUGGGGGAGAGACCACUUUUCUCUCCCGUCGCCAGAAACUUCCUUGAAUCCCACCAUCCAGAUUGAUAAAAACCAAGGCUCCUUGCCCUACGGGGCGCAAGAACUAGAUGCUCUGGCCAGCACGCCACCUCCCCGGCCCCCCAAGCCAAGCCACCUCUCUGAACGGCGCCGAGAGGAGCAGGUCCCGCGCAGCCCGGCCCGCAGCAUCAGGAGGCCCGAGUGCGCUGCGGUGCCGCGAAGAGUCUCUCUGUCUGGCUUAGACAACGUGCGAGCCGAGAAAGCCGACGUGGAAGGCCAGGCCUUGAGACACCGAGACAAGCGGCUCAGUUUAAAUUUGCCGUGCAGGUUCUUCCCGGCGGCUCAGCCUGUGGCCUCAGCGGGGGCCGAAGACAGCUACGUGCCCAUGGGCCCCGGGGCUGUCGCCCAGCGCGGGCCUGCUGACUACAUCCCGAUGAGCUCCGGAGGCGGCUCAAGCCGGUGGCCCGAGCUCCCCGCAGACCUGGAGCCCCCGCCGGUGAACAGGGAUCUCAAGCCUCGGAGGAAGCCACGGCCGCCUCCCCUGGACCUGAGGAGCCUCUCGACCAUCCGGGAGCACGCGUGCCUGACCCGGACCCGCACGGCGCCCUGCAAUCGAACCAGCUUUCUCUCUCCGGAAAGAAACGGUCUUAAUUCUGCGAGAUUUUUUGCCAGUUCUGUUUCCACAGAAGAGGAAGAAAGCUACAUCCAAAUGGGGGAGAACAGAGCAGCCAGCUCCCCGGGCAGUGGCGUUCUGACGUGGGCGAAGAACUUCAGCCUGGAUUAUUUAGCCCUGGACUUCAACUCCGCAUCGCCGGCCCCGGCACAGCAGAAAGUGUUCCUUUCGGACGAGCAAAGGGUGGACUACGUCCAGGUGGAUGAGCAGAAGACGCAGGCGCUGCAGAGCACGCGGCAGGAGUGGACGGAUGAGAGGCAGUCCAAGGUGUGAGGCCGCCCCGCCGGCCGCGGGCGGGAAGCUCGGCGCCCGCUCGGGGCUGCGAGUCCCGCCGGGCGAGAUGCGCGGAGUCACACCCGCGCUUGGCCGGAACCUCUGGAAGGAAGGCGGAGCGGGAGGAGGCCGCCCCCGCCGGAGCCCGGGGCCGCGGGCCCCACGGUCAGGAGAGGCAGCGCGGAGGCCGCCGCGGCCGUGGACCGCGGCCGGCCGGCACAAGGCCGUGCGGGCGGCGUGGGAACGAGCCGGGCGAGACCUGGGAGAGCGCGUUCCGGGCGCUGGGCGAACGGCCCUCGGGGCAGCAUUCGCCCCUCGCGGGGAGGCGCCUGGAGGCCACCUCGCCCCCACGCCUCAAGCCCAGGGGCGGCGGCAGAGGCGGCAGCCCUGCCUCCCAAUCGUCUCCACCCCGAAGGCAGACGAGUCGCCGGCCGGGCCCCCGGGCCCCCGACGCCGUGAUGAGCACGUCAGGCCGCACCUCGUCUCUCCUCUUCGAGACCUCGGGAGCUGGACCUGCCCACGCCGUUGCCCCCGCUUCGAAGGGAAGAAGACCAAGGGCCGGGCAGGCAGCACUUGCCCGAGGCCACUCCCGGGCCUCCGCGGACCCCGGUGGGUCCGGCAGCCCGGGCAGCGCCGAGUUGUGCGGGAAACACAGGCAGACUCGGGCGGGGCGCGCCUUCGUCUCCUCCCGCUUGGGCAGGAUUUUGAGCGAGUGCUUUUAGACUUGAAAGGCAUGCGGGUCCAGCCAGGGCUCCUUUGUGUGGUGUUCAAACCGGACGCUGACCGAGUCGGUCGUUCCCGUUAGAAAUACCUCCUGACCGUCAGGGCGAAGGCCUCUGUGGGCUCCCGCGGUCCCCGAGCUUCCCGGGAGCUGCCAGGGCCGGCAGGCUUCGGGCCGCCUUGAGGAAGGCCAUCGCCGGCCAUCCGAGCAGGACGGCGGGUUUUGAGUGACCGUUCUGAUCUGGGAAAAAAAGCCCAACCCCAAACCAGCGACCUCCCUUCUCAGGAUUCCUGGCUCGCGUUGCCCUUGUGCCUCCGUGGGGACGAGGCCCGGAGGCCAUCUCAUCAGCCCUUCCUGGGCUCAGAGGACCCAGACGGAAGGCCCGCUCAGGCUCCGACUUGUACUCAACUCCCCCUCCUGACCCUCUGAGCCCCUGCCGCCAGCACACACAUGUGAAUGAAUGGCUGGGUGCUAGGCAGACACUGGCCCUCGAUUCUGUCACUCUCUGCCAGGCGACCGCAGGCUUUGCUGCAGGUUUCAGUGUUUCAAACUGCUCCAAAGUAACGAUCCCAGAUACCACCCCAAGUCAAGUGCGUGUCCGUACACCGUGCAGAAUACACCUUUCUGGAAAAUUUGGGAAUCAACAUAACAGGACAAUGCAGCGAUUAAUCACACAUUGUUUUCUGUAGUUCCCUUUUGCUUCAUUUCCUUCCGACUCGUUUCGUUAGGAAAUACCUCCAGAUGGCAGGUUGGGUCAUGCAUAAAGAACAGAAGGGGCUCGAGCCUUCAAGUCCCUGGGUCCACAAGCCAGCACCCAGCCUGGCUGCAAGUGCGUGCGGUGACCCUGAGGAGGCAGUGUGCAGGCCCUUCACCCUGCAGCAAGCGGCAGCUGAACUGUCACCCCGUGGGUCCAGGUCAAGACUGAAGGCUCCUCUCCGGCCUGGUUUGCCCCUCUCGAGGCCUCCUCCUCGGCCCCCUGCAUACCACCUUUGUAUACACAGGCAUGCUGAUUUUUGAAAAUUCACUGUUUCCACUAUUUCAUUUCUGGCAUUAAUAAUAAAAGUCUUAUAAGAAGGAA